GAAGUCCGCACAGCAACCCCUUCCGCAAGACGGCGCCGGGUCGCCAUCCACCACCAUGCCGCCGCGUGUGCCCGUCUGCCUCUCCCGGACCCCGCAACCUCCUUCCCCAUGCCAUCAUCUAUCUGCUCCUUUGGCGCGUGCCUUUUCCUCGACACCCUCCGUCCGCGCCCUCGGGCCCGAGUCCCCCAACUACAUAGAGGUCCCUAAGCCUCUGCAGCCCACCGCUGUCUCCAAACCGCACAUCAAGGGAAUCCUGCCUACACCUCGCAAUGUCUUCAAAACACGAUCGCCUUUCCCCAAGGAGUCGGAGGAGUUUUUGAAAGCCUCGACGCCCGACCCAAUAAGGGUCAAGCAGCCCGGAAGGUACAGUCGAGAUGCCGAACUUCGACUAUACAAGCAGCGACUCGCCGACGCGCGGAAGACUGCGCUGCGAGAGGGUGUCAAGGAGCUGCAUCAGCGGAAGGUCACCUCAGAGGCACAGGAAAAGGCCUCGCUCCAAGAGCUUUUUGCCGAGAGGCGGGCAGCUGCGAUGGCACCGCCCAGAGAGGUCGAUGUGUUGACCCAGACAUCGGUGGACAAGAACAUUCGUGCGUUCCUCGAGGGCACCCUGCCGUCCACGUCCCGCUUGAACAUCUCCGAAGCACGGCGAAAGGCGUUUAGGCGGAAGAUGGCCAGGCAUGCAGCCGUACGGGCGGCCCGCUUGCAUGACCUGUACACCAAUGCGAGGGAAUUCAUUGUCAACGAGGAACAGCUGGACGAGGCGAUCGAGAAGGCAUUCGGCACCGACGAACAGCCCGUUGGCUGGGAUAACAAGGGCAAGCAAGUCGUGGGCGCAGAGUAUGGCAAGAGUCCAUGGGCAGGCCCGAUGCCCGAAGGCGUGCUGGAGAGGUUACAGAAACUACGGGGAGGAGAGGGAGUGGGCCUGGCGAAGGAAAGAAUGAGAAAGGUUGCCGAGGAGCUGACGGGCGGGAAGAUGUGAGGACCUUGUACAUUAUGAUGUUGCUUGUGUGUACUACUGUAGAUUUUUUUGCCCUUCUGGAACGAGAGCAUAGCUCUUUUGCAUCUAGGGCCAUGCACUGGGUUAAAUAUUACCACCGUGUGUUGUCGCAAGUGCGUCCCAACUCCCAUUACUGGUAACGUGUUGAAGAAACCUCUACACAGUAGUACCUGGAUUUCCUAUCAUGUUACGUUCUUCAAGUAUUACUGUUAUAGCUGUUCGACAAAUA